AUGAUUAUGUAUGUGUUGGGUAAAGACUUGAGUAUGAAUGCUGUUAAGCAGUUCAUGAUUCGGUCGUGGAACUUCAUUAAACUACCGGAACUUUUCUACCGUGAAGAUGGAUAUUUCUUAAUGAAAUUCAAGAACAACCAGGAAAAGGAUAUGGUGCUUCUGAGGGGUCCUUACUCAAUUCACAACAUGCCAAUGAUUCUGAAGAACUGGAGCCCGCAGUUUAACUUUCAACGCGAUAUGAUACGAACGAUUCCGGUAUGGGUUAAACUGCCAAACCUCCCGUUGCAAAUGUGGGGUGCAUCAAGCUUAGGAAAAAUUGGAAGUGCAAUUGGCAAGCCACUUUUCACGGAUGAAUGCACGGCAAACAAGCUGCGAAUCUCAUAUGCACGCAUCCUUGUGGAGAUUGACAUCACUAAGAAACAGAAAGAGAGCAUCACAAUUAAGGAUUGUGAGGGGAAUAAAUUUACUCAGCCUGUGGAAUUUGAAUGGAAGCCCAAAUACUGUGACAUCUUCCAGAAAGUAGGUCAUCAGUGUGAGAAAGAGAAACCGAAGGAACAAAAAAGAUGGCAGCAAGUAAAGAUUGUAGAGGGACAACCUGCAGUAGCAGUGAAUACAAGCAAGAGUAAGACUCCAGCAGAGACAGUUGCUAAUAAUAGGAAACUUAAAGGGAGAGCUGUAUUCCCUGAGGUAGAGAAUGGUCAGGAUAUAUCAUGUAGAAAUGGGUUUGAUGCCUUGAGGAACGGAGAGGGUUCUGCAGGGGCUCAAGCACAGGUGACAUGA